AUGUCUCCCGAUGGCGAUGACGGAGAGUACGAACUGCAACAGCGACGGUCGUUGGUCGAGCGAUGGGCGUCUGCCGAGCAGAGUUUCCGGGACGCCUAUCACGCCCGAGCCCCAACCCCAGACUCCCCGACAGAAUACCUCCCCGCCGCCCUCCAUCGCAUUAUAGAGACAAGCCAACCCAACGGAGGCAGGAUCCUCUGCCUCGCCCCCGUCGACCGCCUCACCAAUCCCAUCAACUACACCCGCGGGCUCAAGUUCCAAAUCAUGCUCUACCGCCUCGACGGCACCUGCGGUGACCCCGGAAGAAUGGACAUGGAUGCCCCCAUCCUUGAUAUUCUUGAGACGGCCCUCGACCUAUGUGAGAUGCAUCAGAUGGAUGGUGAUCGGGAGCAGUUUGCGGAGGAUAUCGAGCUGUAUGCUCCUGGGUAUUUGGAGAUGGAGGCGCAGGGGCGCGCGGGCGGAAUAUGAUAUGUCGUGGUUGCGAGAUGUUUUGAUUUUUGAUUGUUGAUGGUGUGGUUGGAUACCUGAGAAUGUACAUUGAUCGAUCCCUAAUGGUAGUCUGACGGAACGUCCAGAUCAG